AUGGAGCCCGCCCGAAGCCUGUACAAGAAGGAUGUUGAUUUCGAAGCCUUGGCGCUUCAAUGUCGCGACUUCGCCAAGCACUUGAAACCAAACAGCCAGCUGGAUUUUACCGAUCCUGCCGCCGUUCGGCAGCUCACUACAACCUUGUUGCGAGAGGACUUUCAGCUCAAAGUCAAAAUCCCCGAGGAUCGGCUGUGUCCACCGGUCCCAAACAGACUGAACUACAUAAUAUGGAUUCAAGAUCUCAUUGAUUCAACUGCAGAAGGAUCGACGGAACGGGAUGUAUCGGGAUAUACCCCCUUCUUGGCUGCCAAAUGCGACCCGGCUGGAAGUUCGUGGCAACUGGUAUAUUCUCCGACCGACUAUUUUCGGCAUCCGCUGAUCGUCGUGACAGAUAUUGACCCGGGUAAUAUCCGUACCGCCCAGGAGAAUGUCGCAUUGAAUGAGCUCGAAUCGCGGAUUCGGAUCAUAGAGUCGGAUCCCGAUGGCCCACUCUUCCCACUCGAGAAGAUCGGCCGUAAAACUCUUGAUUUUACCAUGUGCAAUCCACCUUUCUACAUUUCUCGUGACGAACUAGUCGAGUCCGCCAAACAGAAGAAACGACCUCCGUUCUCGGCAUGCACCGGCGCCGAGGUGGAGAUGGUGACCCGUGGUGGAGAAGUUGAUUUCGUGAAGAAGAUGAUCGACGAAAGUCUGCAGCUGCGUGGCCGCGUUCAGUGGUACACAUCAAUGCUAGGCAAGAUGAGCAGCGUCUCUAUUCUUGUUGAGGCACUAAUCAAGUACGAGAACCACAACUAUGCCGUCACCGAGUUCGAUCAGGGGGCAAAGACAAAGCGUUGGGCCGUAGCAUGGUCUUGGGGAGACCGAAGGCCCCCGAUGAAUGUGGCGAGAGGAAUUCCUAACCUACCCAAAAGUUUUCUCCCCUUUCCUGCUGAUUAUACUUUCACACUUCCAGUUGAUGCGGCCAUUGACGCGACCAGUGAGACGCUCAACAAGGAGCUUGCUUCCCUGCCUUGGCAUUGGAGUUGGAAUGACAAAGACUCCACAGGUAAGGGUUUCGCCUCCGAGAAUGUCUGGUCUAGACAGGCUCGACGGAAAAUGAAGCUUGCCGAAGGGAAUGAUCAAACCAAGUCCAAGGAAAUGCCUUCGAAAGUGGCAUUAGGUGUUUGUGUACGCCUACGCCUAGAGCUGGGAGAUAAGCCGGAAGAAAAGAAAGUGCAGACCCUUAUUCGAUGGACUCAGGGGACGGACACUGUCCUCUUCGAAAGCUUUUGUGGCAUGAUUAAACGCAAGCUAGAAUCGAGAUGA